AUGUGCCAGAACAGCCAGUUAUUUACUUCGUCCAUUUCUUCGCCCGCAGAACUGGGGAGUCUUUCUGGCGAAGCAGAUGAAGAGGAUGAAAAAGAAUGCAUCUGUGGUCCAAACCCGUGCGGAUUCGACUCCAAAGGCAGUGAUGGCUCCAGUCUGGGAAGUGACGACGAAGUGGAAGUGGUGAACGUUUCACUCUGGGAAAACAUACUGCGACAAUCCGAAGAGAAAACUGCACCUUACAGAGAGUGGCUUAAGGAGAAGAAGGCUUCAGAGCCAGCAGGCAAGCCGCAGGAUAGUCCUGCCGAUUUUCUUGACCAGAAAAUAUUUCCUCUCCUGCUUCCUGCGAUGAGAACGAUGUUGAUGCAAGCUCGGGAGUGGGAUGCUCUUCGUAUUCAAAAAUGUCGAUUCAACGGACUUGACUUUCUCGCUGAAGUUUUGUGGAACAGUAAUCCACGUCAUCCUAGGAGAUUGCAGAAUUGGUUGGAGGUUUACAGUAUUCCACCUUUUAGACUCUGGUUGAAGUCAAAUCCAAGGCCAAUUUUCCCGAAAUCUUGGCUGUGGACACAAGAAGAUGGUGCUCUGAUUAUUCAAAAAUGGGUCAGGGGUUGGCUGGUGAGAAAACAGGAAGAUGUGCAAGAAAUGCGUCUAUUUUGGAAGGUAUUGCAAGCCAUGGAAGGCUUUAGAAAACCAUAUUUUCAGCAAUAUUGAGCAGGGAAAAUAAUAAUUAUUUUUCGAUGUUUCGUGGCGAAAAAAUUAUGUAAGAGAAGAUCAUCAUCGUUUCAACAUAUUCAAAAGCGUAAUCGCUUUUGUUAUAUCUCUAACUAACUCAAAAACAGUGAGCUUAGCACUUUCUCGGCGAGUUUCUGGUUUCAGAGAAAUAUUACCUCCAAAUUUUCAGGCAUUUUAAAAUUUGCAAUUCUAGGCUGUGAUAAAAUUCGAAUUUAAUUGUUAUUAAUUAUUUGCAGGCAAUUAUUGCAGAGGCUGAACAAGAAGCGGCAGAUUUGGGCAUAACUUGUAAGUUGUCCAUUGAUUUUUUUG